AUGACAUCAACACCUACUGAUAAAUCACUAGGAAGUAACAAACCAAUAACUUUACAAAAAGAUAGUAGUAUGGUGGUACUUUCAGUCCCACAAUCCAAUUCUGCUGCGGACUCGGAGUUAGCAUCAGAUGUAACAGCUGAUAACAAAUAUACCGAGACUCCAUUCAUGCCAAAAAUGGGUAAUGCUACAUUACGUGCUGAAUUAGGUAGAGCAUCCUGGAAAUUAUUCCAUACUGUAUUGGCUCGUUAUCCCGAUAACCCAACUGAAAAUGAACGUGAAACGUUGAAUACAUAUUUAUAUUUAUUUGCCCAAGUAUAUCCCUGUGGAGAUUGUGCUCGUCAUUUUAUUAAAUUAUUAGAAAAAUAUCCACCACAAACUGGAUCAAGAAAAACUGCUGCCUUAUGGGGUUGUGAUGUUCAUAAUAAGGUGAAUAAAGUGUUGAAAAAACCGGAAUAUGAUUGUACUAAGAUUUUAGAGAAUUAUGAUUGUGGUUGUGGAACUGAUGAGACAGAGAAGGAUUAUACUUUGGGUAAUCAAAGUAUGGAACAUUUGAGAGGUAUUUCGAUUGAUGAGAAGGAAGAGGAGCCACAAUUAGGUGGUUGA